AUGAGCGACAGGGAUAAAUUAAGGUCGCUAAAGAUCAGCUCUCUCGAUGGAAGAACGAUAAGAGGGAUCUAUGAACCUGAUCUGGAGACUGGUGUUAAUGGAGGAACUAGAAUCGUUGAAUGUCAAGAUUGUGGGUUUUUCAAUGAUGAUUUGUUGGUUAGCAAAGAUUUGUCUUCCUCUCAUGGAACUGUAAAAUGUGGGUUUUGUAUGGGCAAUAAUACUUUAAUAAAAUCCUUCGAUGAUGAAAGUUUAGGCUCUAGAUCUCAGUAUUUGAUGUUUUUAAUUGAUACAUCAAGUGACCCUUCUGAUUUGGGAACUUUAGUGACACAUUUAAUUAAUAGUUUAGAUAAAUUGAAAACUUUGGAAAAUUGUAAAAUUGCAAUUGUGUCAAUGGAUGGAUGUGGUAACGUCAUUGUACACUCUACGUUAUCAACAAAGAGUAACUAUAUAUUUACUAUAUCCAAUUCAAAGAUUGAAAGGAAUUUGAAAACAUUAGAUAUUAACUAUUUCAUGAAACAUAUGCCUGAUGACAUUAAUGAAAUUUGGAAAGAACCAUCUGAUACUUUUAUUAAUAUAUUAAAAUCUUUACAAUCAUCUUAUGAAAAAACAGCACGAGACAAGAAAAGAUGUAAAAGAGCUACUGGUUUGUCACAAUUCAUAUGUAGUACCAUAUGCGUAAAAUUUAAGAUUAAGAAUCCAAUAAUAUUAAAUUUUUUAACAGGACCUUGCACCAAGGGAGCUGGUAAAGUUCUUUCGAGAGAUAAGAAGGAACAUAUUCGUCAAUUCCAUAAUUUAAAUAAAAAUCCGAAACUCUUUAAUGAAAGCUAUAACUUUUAUAAGAAGCUCCGAGAAAUGUUCCCCUCAUUUAUAUAUGAAUAUUUUAUGUCGUCGUUAGACCAGGUAGGAGUUUUAGAGCAAUCACCAUUGCUAUACAGACCUUCAUCACUAUACCAGUUUAAUAAUUACUCAGAAUCCAGAUUUAAAGAGUGUUGGGACUGGUACCUACAGAUGAGACAAAGUUAUAGUAUUACUGACGUGAAGAUAACUGUAAAAGUCACCUCAGGAAUUGCAUUGAAAUCGCUAAAUUACGUAUUACAGUCUGAGGACAGGAAACCAUUGAUGAAUUAUGGAUAUGUGGUUAAUUAUAAUUGUUUAAGCUUGCCAUUUGAAUUAAGUCUGUUAAAUUCCAAUAAAUAUGUGACAGACUAUAUUCAAUUCCAAUUGCAAUUCUAUCAGAAGGGAAGGAGGAAUGUAAGGAUUCAUUCAUUACCUAUUAACAGUGAUUUUAGAAUGAAAAGUGUUAAUAAUUAUAGAUUAGAUGUUGAUAUCCCUUGGCUUGCGAAAAGUUUGGCAUAUAAUAAUCUGACAUCAAAUAAUUUCAAAAGCCCUGAAGUCAACCAACUGAAAACUAUGAUAAAUAGGUAUACAAAAGUUAUCUACAGUAAUGUAAAGGGCUCGAAAGUUGAACCAUUAGAGUAUUUGUACAAUUUGGAAAGAUCUAUCCUUCUAUUGACAAGAAACGUCACUCCAGAUGAAAGAACAAUAUUUUCCCAUCUAAUUUUAUAUUCUAAGUCGAUGGUUUCACUUUCCGUCUGUAAACCAAAAGUAGUUUCUUUCAGAGAUGGCAAACAGAUUUUGAUGUCAAUUACACAAGAGACAUUCAAUCAGAAUUUAUCUUCUUGCAUAGAUGGAGGUGACUUCAUUGCUGUUAGAUAUUCGUCAGAAAAUGAAGAAGACACCACAAUGGCAAGAUCAUACGCUACAACUUUAAGACAGAGGAACAUAGGGUAUUUAAUACCAUUGUACAUAGACACCAUUAUUGGUAAAAGUCAAGAUAGAUAUUUGAAGAGUAAACUUCUCCCACUAAAUAACCAGUCGACAACCGUCCUCAACACUGAAGACAUGUCAUUUGAGCAAUUUGUGAAUAAUUUGAAAUCUACAAAAGGGAAAACUAAAUGA